CGGGGCGGGAAGUCGCUGCCCGGGCGGAGGAAGCGGCCGGGGCCGGAGCCGAGCCCGGCGAUGGCUGCAGCGGGGCCGGCGCAGCAGCUCCAGGUGGCGUUUGAGGACGUCGCUCUGUAUUUCACCCGGGAGGAGUGGGAGCUCCUAUCCCAGCCAGAGCAGCAGCUGUACCGGGACCAGAUGCUGAGGAAUUACUGGACCCUCCUUUCCCUGGGCUCUUCAGGUUCCAAACCAGACUUAAUCCACCGGAUCGAGAUAGGGGACGCAGAGCUCUGGAUCCAGGAUGCCAAGGGCUCCAGGGUAAACUCUGGGCCAGAGAGCCCCUCCUCAGCAGGGCAUGGGAUCCCGGGAGGAACGAGGGCACAGUCUGAAUGUGGAGAGAGCACGGCAGGAACACAGGAUCCCACAUCCCACAGAGGGAGCCAUGCACAGAGCACAGUCCAUCCCCGGGGUAAACUCAGCCAGAGACCAAACCUGACUCCACACCAGAGGCUCCCCAUGGGCCAGCGUCCUCAUCUCUGCAUCGACUGCGACAGGAGGUUCAGGAACCCCUUCGCACUGACCCAGCACCGGCGCACGCACACCGGGGAGCGGCCAUUCUGCUGCACUGACUGUGGCAAGAGCUUUGCAAACAACUCGGCCCUGAGAACACAUCAGCGCACGCACACCGGGGAGCGGCCGUAUCGCUGCGCUGACUGCGGGAAGGGCUUUGCAGAGAGGUCAAAUCUGAGAACACACCAGCGCACACACACUGGGGAGCGGCCGCACCACUGUGCUUACUGUGGCAAGGGCUUUGUACAGUUUUCACACCUGAAAAGACACCAGCGCACGCACACCGGGGAACAGCCAUACUGCUGCACUGACUGUGGCAAGAGCUUUGCAGAGAACUCAACGCUGAGAACACACCAGCGCACGCACACCGGGGAGCGGCCGUAUCUCUGCACUGACUGCGGGAAGGGCUUUGCCCAGAGCUCGGGCCUGAGAAUACAUCAGCGCACACACACCGGGGAGCGGCCGCACCGCUGCAGUGACUGUGGGAAGAGCUUUGCCCAGAGCUCGCAGCUGAGUAGACAUCAGCGCACACACACAGGGGAGCAGCUGUACUGCUGUGCCAACUGUGGUAACAGCACUGCCAACAAGCUGACCCAGCUCCAGCGCACGCACACCGGGGAACGACCAUUCCAAUGAACUGUCUGCAGAAAAAGCUUUGCACAGAGUCCCCGCCCUGAGGCCUCCCCCGGCCGCUGGAGCCGGCAGCGCAGGCGCGGGGCGGAGCGGGCCCGUGUGCAGGCGGGUCCCGGCUGCAGCCCCAGGGCGGGGAGCGGGCGAGAGGCGGCCCCGGGGAGGCAGCAGCAGCCGCGGGGCGGGAAGUCGCUGCCCGGGCGGAGGAAGCGGCCGAGGCCGGAGCCGAGCCCGGCGAUGGCUGCAGCGGGGCCGGCGCAGCAGCUCCAGGUGGCGUUUGAGGACGUCGCUCUGUAUUUCACCCGGGAGGAGUGGGAGCUCCUAUCCCAGCCAGAGAAGCAGCUGUACCGGGACCAGAUGCUGAGGAAUUACCAGGCCCUUGUUUACUUGGGCUGUUCAGAUUCCACACCAGACUUAAUCCACCGGAUCGAGCUAGGGGAGGCAGAGCUCUGGAUCUGGGAUGCCGAGGACUCCAGGGAAAGCUCAGGGCCUGAGAGCCCCUGCUCAGGGCCUCUGAUCUCUCCAGCCAGGCUCGGGAUCCUGGGAGGAACGCAGGCACAGUCUGAGUGUGGGGAGAGCGCGGCAGGAAAGCAGGAUCCCACGGCCCGCAGGGGGAUCCAUGCACAGGAUGCAGUCCAUCUCCAGGAUAAACUCAGCCAGAGACCAGAUGUGGCUACACAACAGAGACUCCCCAGGGGCCGGCGCCUCCACCAUCGCAUCAACUGCAGCAAGAGGUUCAGCAACCCCUCCGCACUGAACCAGCAUCGGUGCAUGCACCCCAGGGAGCAACGGUAUCGCUGUGCUGACUGCGGCAAGGGCUUUGCACACAGCUCAAGCCUGAUAAUACACCGGCGCACACACACCGGGGAGCGGCCGCACCACUGUGCUGAGUGUGGCAAGGGCUUUGCACAGUUUGCACACCUGAAAACACACCAGCGCACACACACUAAGGAGCGGCCAUACUGCUGUGCUGACUGUGGCAAAGGCUUUGCACACAGCACAAGCCUGAGAGUACAUCAACGCACGCACACCGGGGAGCGGCCGUACCGCUGCACCGACUGCGGCAAGAGCUUUGUACAGUUCGCACACCUGACAGCACACCAGCGCACACACACUGGGGAGCGACCGCACUGCUGUGCUGACUGCGGCAAGGGCUUUGCACAGAUCUCAGUGCUGAGAAUGCAUGAGCGCACUCACUCAGGGGAGCGACCGCACUGCUGUGCUGACUGCGGCAAGGGCUUUGCACAGAUCUCAGUGCUGAGAAUGCAUGAGCGCACUCACUCAGGGGAGCGACCACACCGCUGUGCUGACUGCGGCAAGGGCUUUGCACAGAUCUCACAGCUGAGAAGUCACCAGCGCACGCACACUGGGGAGCGGCCGCACCACUGCACCAUUUGUGGCAAGAGCUUUGCAGACAGCUCAAAACUGAGAAUACAUCAGCGCACACACACCGGGGAGCGGCCGCACCGCUGUGCUGAGUGUGGCAAGAGCUUUGCACAGAUUGCACACCUGAGAACACACCAGCGCAUACACACUAAGGAGCGGCCAUACUGCUGUGCUGACUGUGGCAAAGGCUUUGCACACAGCACAAGCCUGAGAAGUCACCAGCGCACACACACCGGAGAGCGGCCGUACCGCUGCACCGACUGCGGCAAGAGCUUCGUACAGUUCCCACACCUGACAGCACACCAGCGCACACACACUGGGGAGCGGCCGUACAGCUGUGAUGUGUGUGGCAAGAGUUUCAUCCGUGCCAGCGUGCUGACCAAACACCAGUGCACACACACAGGGGAGCGGCCGCACUGCUGUGGCAGCUGUGGUAAGAAGUUCAGCAGUACCGACAGGCUGACCCAGCACCAGCGCACCCACACCGGGGAGCGGCCGCAUCGCUGUGCUGACUGCGGGAAGGGCUUUGACUAUAUCUCAAACCUGAGAGCACACCAGCGCACACACACCGGGGAGCGGCCGUACAGCUGUACCAAUUGUGGCAAGAGCUUCAGCAGUUCCCAAGCAGUGACCAAACAUCAGACCGUGCACACCGGGAAGCGACCAUUUGAAUGCACUGCCUGUGGCAAAAGCUUUGCACAACGCUCAUGCCUAAAAAUACACCAGCGCAUUCAUACCGGGGAGCAGCCUUACAGCUGUGCUUAUUGUGGCAAAUGCUUUUCUCAUUUGGGCAACCUCACCCGGCACCAGGCCACUCACACCAACACCCUUGUGUCACUGCCAGGGUCUGAGGGGCUUCUGGCAGCUGAUGAGCAUGGCACAGUGCCAGCAGAUACAGACCAGAAAGUGGUCCUCUCCCCAUGAUACCCAGCAGAGAGACUGUGUGGAGCAGGGAAGAGGACUUGGCUGAGUAGUGUGGGGAAGAGCAGACAGGUGGGUAGCUAUCCCAUGGAGCAUCUCUUCCUCUUCUGCCGCUAAGCGUUUUGAGAAGUGAAGAGGAGCUCGACAUUGAUCUCACCACCCAUAGUGGCUACGACACAAGAUUGCUUGUGGCAUUCACGGAGGUGCUUACCACAGUGGAACACCGCUUUUGGGCUUGGGAAACAAG